AGCCUCGGCCCAAAUGAAGCUCCUGCCGGGCGAAGGAUGAGGUGGAUCAUCCUUCUGUCGCUGGCAGCCCUUGCCGCGGGAAUUGGGCCUGGUCUGAGGUCAGCAGAUGUUGCAGAUGCCAAUGCUACUCAGGCGCCGCGCCUGCGAAGGGCGGAUGCGAGGCCGAGCUGGUCUCCCAGGGUAGCACAAGACCCUGCGGCCGCCGCUGCUGCGCCCACGCCGGCCCCAACGGGCCUGAUGCUGAAAGCCCUCUGGCGCGGCUUGCGGACAGCCCUAGGAUAUGCCGUCCUCGCGUGCGGUAUCGCCAUUUGGGUGUACUGGAUCCCAAGUCUCCUCUACGAGGAGCAUCAGAAGUUCUUGGCAGACAACCUGGAGGGCAGGUCCUUCAACAUGUUCCUCACGUAUCGUUUCAACUACUGGAUGAACUCGAACGGCUUGUCCGCUAUGGGCACCAUCCUCUUGAUCGGCAUCUUGACGCUCCUGACCUUUGGCGCUUUGAUGUAUGCCGCCUUCGUGGGGGGCUCUCCGGUGACAGGACUUUGGGUGUGCUUCGUUUGGGCCUCUGCGGCCUCGGUGGAUCCGGGCGCCUCCGCCAUCACGGGCUUCGUGGGGAUCUUGACCACCUUGGGCGGCCUGGUCCUGCUGGCGGUGCUGCUGACCAUGAUCUCGGACUACUUCGCCAAGCAGGUGGAGGCGUCGAAGCAGGGCCGAGACCCGGUAGUGGAGGGUGGCCACCUCUUGUUGCUGGGGCACUCGGUGCAGACCAAGCAGCUGCUCGAGGAGUUCGCGCUGUGCGAGGCGGACGACAAGCCCACCACGGUGGUGAUCCUGGCGAACCAAAGCAAGCAGGAGGUGGAAGACGAGAUCGAGGCCAUGAACACGGAGUUGGGGGAUCUCAAGCUGGUAGUGCGCAACGGCAAGACCUGCGACAAAGCAGACUUAUGGAAGGUGGGCGCAGACUGUGCGACUCGCAUUGUCAUCCCAGAGAAUCCGCAGGUGUCCUUGGAUGAGUCCGACGCCGCGACCAUGGGUAUCCUUCUGACCCUCAAGGGCCAGGGCAAGAGUGGUUGGCCCAACAACGGCUACGUCGCGGUCCAGUGCUGCCUUGGCCGCAAUGUGCAGUACAUGCAAGACUUGUACGACAAGACCUUCAUUCUGUCGGGGGAGCGCUUGGGCCGUGUCAUGGUGCAGAGCUUGCAGGAUCAAGGCCUCUGCUCGGUCUUCAACCAGAUCAUCGGCUUCAACGGAGAGGAGUUCUACAUCGCCGGGGCGGAGGAGCUGGGGGUGGUCGGCAAGAGCUUCCGAGAGCUGCCCUUCUGGUUCCCCAUCACCGUGCCGCUCGGCGUAGUGGACCGAGAGGGCAACUACCUGGUGAACCCCGAGAAGUCGUAUGAGGUGCAAGCAGACGAUUCUGUGAUCCUGUUGGCAGAUGACGAUGACGCUGUGGGGCCCGUGGAGGCGGAGGCGCCCUUCUUCGACCUCGGGCGCUGGUGCGCUCAGCGCAAGGCCGCGGAGUUCCGAGAGGCCAACCCCAACGACGGGGAGACGGUCAAGGCGCUGAUUUGCAACCUGAACGACCGGAACUUCGGGUGUGCGAUCUUGUUCGCUCUGGACGAGAUGGCUGGACCCGGCUCUGAAGUAGAGAUUUACUGCUCCCUGGGAGAGGAGGAGCUGCAAGACGUGCUGUCCAAUGCCCAGCGGAGGCAGGAGAAGCACUUUGAGAACAUUACCGUGUCCAAAACAUAUGUUACACCCCGCAACGCCAUGACGUCCAUGUACCGCCUCAAAGAGAUCCCCGUGGAGAGCUACGACCAGAUCUUCAUUCUGGCGGAUGCCUCCCAGGGAGUUGACCGCGCUGACGAGCAAACCGUGGCCAUGGUGCUUCAGAUGAAGUCCCUCAUGGAGCAGCGAAAUUCGGAGCAGGAUUUCCAGCCCCUCGUCGAGAUCUGCACCCCCACGGCAGAAGAGCAGCUCUCGCAGAUUGGCAUGAAGAACAUGAUCAACACCACGCUUCUGGUGUCCAAAGCGCUGGCCAUGGUGGCCAUCAGUACCACACACCAUGGCGUUCUCUCGGACUUGCUGUCCGCGGACGGGAACAACAUGGACAUCAUGGACCUUGCCGACUACUUGGCCGAGGACGAGAAGUUGCCGCGCAUGCUCACCUUUGCGGAGGCGACUGCCAUCGUGUCGCGGGGCGCGCAGCAGGUGCUGAUCGGAUGGUCGGAAGAUGGCGACUACGUGAUGAAUCCCAAGAGCAAGAUGACGCCGCGAUCCUGGACGGAAGAGGACCGCCUUGUAGUCAUCAAAGAUGUCUGACACGGCCGAGCCUUGAACAAGGG